AUGUCGGAGCCUUCAGUCGGGCCCGCCGAAUACCAGGCCGGUAAGGCCAUACAACUGCAGAUACUCGAAGGCAGCAGCGGUUCUUUGGCCAUGGGGGAAAGGAAUGUCUCUGUGGUCGUUGAGCGAGUGAUUACAGAGACUAUGUCCCCCGUCAUGCAAGUCCGAUUCCACGAUCGCCUCGCCAUUCUUAAGGCCUACGAUCGUCGCUGCGGGACAGGGCUUCGAGAAUGCUAUGACAAGCACAUCCCAUGGACCGCCCAAGUUGAAACCGCUUACCAGUCGUUUCUAAACUCUGGUGCCAUGGGCCCGUUCCUCGAAGCGAUGGAUCACGAUGAGGCCACGUCGGAAUUUCCUCGUACGUCAGCUGAGAUUCGGCAGGGGCCCGACGGAAUCGCGAGAUUUGAAGCGGCGCUCUGGAGGAUCACUGAUGGCCAUUUCAGAACUGAGGCUGAGGUCUACGAGCGCUUGAAAGACCUUCAAGGUGUUUUGAUUCCGGAGCUUUACGUGUUGGUGCGCGUCGUCCCUCCAGGAGCUACUUCAGCAUCCCCAAAACAAGAUUACCAAACUGUCUACGGCAUCCUCCUCCAACACAUCCCAGGUGUUAAUCUUGAUGACAUCAUUGAGGAGGAAACUCGACCUACAACACAGAAAGGCUGGACAUCACUCAUUCAGCAAGCCAUUGACGCGACAUAUGAGAUCAACAAGCGCGGUGUCAUCCUAUACGACAGCGCACCUCGUAAUGUGAUUGUGGAAGCUUCAACCUUUCAGCCUUUUAUAGUUGACUUUGCCCAGUGCUUUUUCAAAGAAAAAUUAAUUCAGGAAGCUGUCGACUCUGGCGUUGCCGGACAAGGUUGGGAUGGUGACGCCGAAUUCUGCGAGACGGCCCAAAGGUUUGAUAAUUGCAGCGCAGUCGGGCUUUCCAUGGUGAGAAGGCUGAGGAAGUCUUUUGGGUUUACGGUGGAGGUCAGAUAUCCCAAACCAGGGGAACUUCUCCGCGAUAUCAAGCGCCAGCCGAAGCCAGAGGGCAAGAUGAACGAGCUACUCCAACAAGGCGAGAGCAGCACGAGCCGAGGAUAA